AUGCCUGGGGGUGGAUUCUCUCGCAAUUGCGCCGAACCAGGGCUUGAGCUUGCACAGCAGGAUGGCAGGUUCACUCUGGGUCGCUUCUCCAUCGACGAAUACAAACUCAUCAAAGUGAUCGUGAUUGGAGCUGGGUUCAGCGGCAUCCUGGCCGGUAUUCGUUUCCCGCAGAAGAUACCCAACGUCGACCUAGUCAUCUAUGAGAAGAGUGCCGGAGUGGGUGGGACAUGGUACAACAAUAAAUAUCCAGGUAUCGCCUGCGAUGUGCCUGCGCACUGCUACCAGUUUUCCUUCGAGGACAAACGUGACUGGACCUCCUUCUAUCCCCCUGGGCACGAGAUCCAAGAGCACCUCGAAGACGUCGUCAACAAAUACAAGCUCAUGCGCUACAUCAGGCUCAACCACGAAGUCGUCCGCGCGCAGUACGACGAGCCGACGGGCAAGUGGCACGUGCGCGUUCGCCGGACAGACCAAGCGACUGGUGCUCAAGAGGAGAUAAAAGACGUCGGCGACGUCCUCAUCACCGCCUUUGGGGCCAUCACCCGCUGGAACAUGCCCGAAAUACCUGGGCUCGCCGACUUCAAGGGCGAGCUGCACCACACGGCGGGCUACACGCCGUCGGGGAAGACGUGGGAGGACGAUCUGGAGAGGUGGAAAGACAAGCGAGUGGGGGUUAUCGGCUCCGGCUCGACGGCGAUCCAAGUCGUCUCGGCACUCGCGCCCCACGUGAAGGAGCUGUCAAACUACGUGAGGGGGCAAACGUGGCUGGCUCCUCCCUUCGCUGUGGGUCUGAUGUCCGAGUUGCUGGGACGUCAAACGGCGGCGACGGAAGAUGAUCUGUCGUUGAGCCCGGAGGAGAUUCAACGGUUCAAAGCAGACGAGGAGUUCUUUCGAAGCAUUCGGCACACCCUCGAGGACACGAUGAAUUCGAUGCACGCAUACACGCAGCUCGGGAGCAAGAUGUCGAAUGAUUUCCAAGAGAUGUUCAAGAAGAACAUGAAGGAACAGUUAGCUGCUAGACCGGACAUCGCUGAAAAACUGAUACCCGGCUUCCCUGUGUCGUGUCGGCGGCUGACACCAGGUCCCGGAUACCUCGAAGCCCUCUGCUCAGAUCACGUCGACUUCGUAUCUAGCCCCAUCAAGAGGUUCACAGAAACAGGCAUCGGAACCGAGGACGGGAAGCACAAGGACCUCGACCUUGUGUUCUGUGCUACGGGCUACGACACCUCAUGGCAGCUUCCAUUCCAGAUCGUCGGCAGGAACGGCGUCGAACUCAACGACAAAUGGAAACCGUAUCCCACCUCGUACCUGUCGAUGUGCGUUGACGGCUUCCCGAAUAUGUUCAUGUCGCUCGGCCCGAACUCGAUCAUUGGCGCUGGGCUCUUGCUCCCCAUCCUUGAGUUCGCGGUCAUGUAUGCGGUACAGGCAACCGCGAAGAUACAGCGCGAGCGUCUGAAGAGCAUGGAGGUGAAGCCGAAGGCUGUAAGAGACUUUGACAAGUAUGUCGAGAGUUACUUCCCUCAGACCGUGUAUAGCGCGAAGUGUCGCUCGUGGUACAAGCUAGGUAAGGAGGAUGGACGAGUGGUCGGGCUGUGGCCUGGUUCCAGCCUCCAUGCAAUGAAAGCCUUACAAAACCCGAGAUGGGAAGACUAUGAAUACGAAUCUGCUGACACCGAGGAAAACUCGCUCUUUUGGCUCGGGGAUGGUCAGACGUGGGCCGAGAAGAGUCAGCAUGGAGACAGGGCAUGGUACUUGCGCGAGGAGUUCAUUGAUCGACCACCCGGCAUAGUCAUCAGCUCUGGGGCUACGUCAUCCACCGCCCCCAGCGGAUCUGCGACAUCAGGUGUCUCAGGGACUGCCACCCCUGCCACCUCUACCACCCCUGCCACCUCUACCACCCCUGACGCUACCACCUCGGGCGCUGCGGCAAGCCAGACAAGCAACGCGGCUAUCCCAACGGCGCUCGCAGGUGUCAAGAUGGGCGCCGCUGCCGUUGUCGCUGUGGCGGUGGGUGCGGUCGUCGGGCUGUAAGCUCGGGAGUUUGGUUACCCACUAACACGUCUUGAUUGGACGAGAGCGAUACUGGUCAACUAUGUAUAUACCGCCCUAACACCUUGCCG